UUCGAAAGUGGAUUGAUUCAAUUCCACUAGUAACGACGGAAGGCGUUACGUUGCACCAAGUUUAUUGAACGUCAGUGCGUUUCGCGUGCACAACUAUGGUAGGAAGCUGCAUUCCUCUCGCGGGCGAGCUGCCGCGUCCUGCAUUCCCAUCCGCGACUGCUUCCGAGAACACCGGCCCGCUAAGCGACCUUCCCUGGACUACGUUUAUCGCCCACACGCCCCCAUUAAAUGCGAUUCCGCACAAUGAAACGAAGAUCAUUAGAAGCCGGCCUACAGGCUGCGUCCGCGCGCCGCCGGCGACUCGCCAGUCGCAGCGACGACAUCCAUCCGACUACGACGCGUUUAGAAAAAACGCACUAAUAAAUUCGAGUGCGUAUCAAUUCGCGACGGUUGUGAAUAACCGUGGUCCAGCCACGACUGCCCGCGCCUUCCGCCCCGCUCCGCCUUUUAUACCCGCCAGAGGGAUGGCGUCCGUGCGCACGCGUUCCGCAUCCCCUAAGUCUGUCUCGUUCUCCCCCGUGCUCGAGCGGAAGUACAGCAUCGACCGAGCGCCGUCGAGUCCGCCCGAGCUGAAGAGCCAGGAUUGGAGGAAAUACUUUGCCGACUUCAGCGCGUAUCUCGAUGCGCUUCUCGCCGACCUCCAGAACUCGAUCAACCCCGGCGCCCGCGUGGGCAGCCCGGGCCGCACCGGGUCCCCCGGCGGCCGCACCGCCUCGCCCGGCGCCCGCACAGCUUCCCCUGGAGGCCGGACGAGUUCUCCUGGGGGCCGAAGCUCGCCCGGAGGCAGCUUGAGCUCGCCUACGUCUACGGGAUACGGCUCCAUCCUGAAUGGCUCGAGGAAUACGGAUUAUAAUAAAUCUAAUUCGCCAACAUACCAGAACACGGGCUCACUAGAAAAGGUCAUCCCAGUAAAGUACACCAACAGUACAUCCGGCUACGGUGGCCACACGCCGUACUCGACGGGACAGUCCGGCUACGGACGGACGACGGGAGGUCGCGGGAAUCUCUCCGAGUUGGACACCCUACUCGAUGACCUGAGCAACGCGAGAUAUGGCAGCUAUGGUGACAAGACUCCCACUAGUGAAAGAGUACAACAGCAACUUGCUACGGUGCACGGUGGCCACACACCGUACUCGACGGGACAGUCCGGCUACGGCAGGACGACGGGAGGUCGCGGGAAUCUCUCCGAGUUGGACACUCUACUCGAUGACCUGAGCAACGCGAGAUAUGGCAGCUAUGGUGACAAGACUCCCACUAGUGAAAGAGUACAACAGCAACUUGCUGCGGUGCACGGUGGCCACACACCGUACUCGACGGGACAGUCCGGCUACGGACGGACGACGGGAGGUCGCGGGAAUCUCUCCGAGUUGGACACCCUACUCGAUGACCUGAGCAACGCGAGAUAUGGCAGCUAUGGUGACAAGACUCCCACUAGUGAAAGAGACGGCUAUGGGCGCACCAACGGCGCAGCGAGCCCGGCGUCCGCGCGGCCCACCGUCGACUCGCUGCUCGACCAGCUCAGCACAGACCUGCACAAUGGGUAA